AUGGCCAAAAUCGUCCGCAUCACGUUCCUGUUGCGAAAAUGCGACGAUAUUACCUGGUCGGAAGAGCAUCCAAAGAUAUGGCUAUCUGUCCCCAUCGUCAAACAGAAUCUUGUCAAGUACUCGCAGUUCCACGCUGAUAAGAAGCUUGACCUCUCAGGGACUGGCAUGCCACCUGUUGCACCCUUCGAUGGUGCGGCUAUUAUGUGGGCCAAGAGCCUUGCGGACCUCCAUGCUAUCUUUAGCGAUCCUGAGUAUAAUCGGAUCGUCGUCCCGGAUGAGGAGAAGUUCCUUAAGCGCGCUGAAGCUGUUCCAAUCAUUGGCUGGGAUGAGGUUAAAUUUGUCAAGGAGGGUUUGCUUGAAGGUGCGGAAUGA